AUGGUGUUUCUGUGUGACCUGACGGUCCUCGGGCAUCUCAACCGUCGACUUUCGGCGCGCCAUGAAUCGUACAUGAGCUUCCAGGGCUGGUUUUCUCGCAUCCUCCGCCUCGUACGCAAAAUUAAAGUCAUGGGUUCAACAGCAUAUGCGGUAUACAAAAACGGCUCGGCGAACGCGACCGCCGGCGCAAAUGGCGUCUACACCGUGACGGCGAUGAGCCGCUGGUCGAUUCUCAACAAGCAGCUUCCAGCUGUUGAAACAAUCAGGGCCAUUCACGUCUAUGACUUUGACAAUACUCUAUUCAAGACCCCGCUGCCGAAUCCCAAGAUUUGGAAUAGCCCUACGAUAGGCACGCUGUCAAACCCCGACGCCUUUGUGAAUGGCGGCUGGUGGCACGACUCGCGCAUUCUUGCUGCCACAGGCGAGGGACUGGAUAAAGAAGAGCCCCGCGCCUGGGACGGCUGGUGGAACGAAAAUAUUGUCGAACUCAUACGGCUAAGCAUGAAACAGACAGACGCGCUCUGCGUGCUCCUGACAGGUCGCUCCGAAUCGGGCUUCAGUGACUUGAUCAAGCGCAUGGUGACGAGAAAAGGGCUCGAGUUCGACCUGAUCUCGCUGAAACCGGCUGUCGGACCCAAUAAUGAGCGCUUUGCCAACACCAUGGCCUUCAAACAGACGUUUCUCCAGGCUUUGAUGGAAACAUACAGGUAUUCUGAAGAGAUCCGCAUCUACGAAGAUCGGGCAAAGCAUGUCAGGGGCUUUCGUGACUUUCUUGACGAGUAUAACCUCAAGAAAAUCCAGGGCAAAGACAGCCCAAACAGCCGCGGGCCCAUCAAGCAUGAAGUGAUCCAGGUGGCCGACGUCGCCACGUAUCUCGACCCUGUUGUUGAGGUGGCUGAGGUACAGCAGAUAAUCAAAGACCACAAUGCGGCCGUGGACAAGGGCGAACAUAACGGGCGAGGAGAGCGCCUUGCCAUCAGGAAGACGGUGUUUUACACAUCUUAUAUGAUCAGCAGCGAAGAUAGCAAGAGGUUGCUCACCUUAGCACAGAUUCCUAAUCACAUCCCCGAGACAGAGCUCAAGUUUCACGCAAACAGCAUCAUGAUAUGCCCUCGUCCCUGCCCGCCCAAUAUCCUCGAAAAAAUUGGCGGCUUGGGGGCGAAGCAGAUUUGGGAAGUGACGGGUACGGCUUGCUUCGAGAACACCGUGUGGGCUGCGUGCGUGAAGCCCGUUCCGGCCACCUCGCAGAUCCAUACGAGUGACAAUGUUCCCCUGGUCGUGCUCGCCCUGCGCAAGGGUGCCCGCCAUAUCGACGCAGGUAAGAUUCAACACUGGCAGCCCGUGUCACCCGACAAGGCCAUUCGCUUCGAGACCACCAUCGGCGAGAAGGUCUUGUUGCGCAUCGAGGCUGAGGAUGCUGCGACUGCCGAGACUGCUAGCAAUAACGGCGGCAGCGCGCCCUUCUACACUCGCCCCUCUAACAAGCGCAAGUAUACUGGCGCUUCUGACGACUUCCGGUCUCGCCACAACUCCGGCCCUGGCCCCGCUGCGCAGCAUCAUCAGCAUCAACACAAAUUACUUCCUCCCCCUACCUCUGCUCCAGCCUUACCAGGUCCUAUCAACGCACCGACUGGCCCUCGCGCUCAAGUUGCAAAUUCUCCCAACUCUUCAGGCGGCGGUAGGUCAGGUGGUUUCCGUGGCGGUGGCAAUUUCCGCAACCAGCGCAAUGAAGGCGGCGGCGGUGGUGGUAAGAGAGGUCGUGGUCACGGUGGUGGUGGUCGUGGUGGUGGCGGUCAUCAUGGCCAUCAUCACCACCAUCAUCAUCACUACAAGUCGCUGGAUGACAUCGGGACGAAGGAGAACAACCAAGGGGGGUUUGCACACUUAUAUGAGGACUUGCAGCAGACGCCGCCGUCGGGGCCGUCAGGGCAUGGCCAGAAUAUCCCCAAGGGGCCGGCAGGUUGGCGGUCGGGCUAUCACCAGGGGGGGAACGGCGGAGGUGGGGGAGGUGAUAUGAACAACUAUUAUUGA